AUGAAGGACUUAGUGCAAAUAUGGAACAGAGUGGCGGGAAAGUCGUACUCCUCGGUGAACACCGCAGAACGGGAGCUAAGGGAUUUGUCGCACAAUCGAUUGAAAAGGGCCGACAUCGACGCGGCCAACGGCGAGGAUCACUACUCGGAGUGCGAGGGCCUGAACCACAAGUUCAACGAUGACUUCGACUUCACCGAAAGGAAAGACGCCAUCAUCAACAGACUCUUCGAGAGGAGGAAGAAGGGACAAGUCGCUAGACAGCCCAAAUGUUUGUUCAUCCUGCUCAUGCUUGGUUUCUUUGCCGUGGGAACGGGCUGUUUCAUAUUGUUCCUGCAUCCUUAUGACUUCUUCUUCAGCCAGAAAGCGUUGCUAGAGGAUGGGGGCGAAAUCUUCGAGAUGUGGAGGAAACCUGAGGUGAAGCUGUACUGCCGAGUGUAUCUCUUCAACAUCACCAACGCCGAGGAGUACAUGUCGGGGAAGGACAGCAAAGUGAACGUCCAGGAGGUCGGGCCCUACGUCUACCAGGAGGGUCUGGAACAUGAAGUGCUACGCUUCAAUGACAACGGCACCCUCUCAGCAAUCCCGAGGCAUCCUCUCACUUGGGUGGAGGAGUUGUCCGAGGGCCACAAGGAAGACGACAUACUAUAUCUACCGCAUAUCGCUUUGCUGAGUAUAGCGAACGUGGUGGCGAAACAAAGUUUCAUGACUCGAUUCGGACUGAACAACCUGAUAUCGUUGACCAACAGCCAACCACUGGCCAAGAUGACGGCCAGAGAGUUCAUGAUGGGAUACAAAUCUGAGCUGAUGACCCUGGGCAACACCUUCAUGCCUGGGUGGAUCUACUUCGACAAGCUCGGCCUGAUCGACCGAAUGUACGAUUUCAACGGCGACUUCGAGACCAUAUUUACCGGGACGGACGACGUGACGAACUCUGGUUUGAUCGACACCUAUCGGGGCUCCACCGACCUGCCCCAGUGGGAUGGCAAGUACUGUUCCAACGUGCAGUACGCUUCAGACGGCACCAAGUUCAAGAGUGGCGUCACCUUCAACCAGUCCAUCUUAUUCUACAGGAAGAGCCUCUGCAGGGCUGCACCGCUGAUUCCCGUAGAAAAAGGCGUUAGAAGUGGUCUUAAAGGUUACAUGUACACAUUCCCUGAACACAUGCUGGACAAUGGGAAGGCAAUAGAGGAGAACAAGUGCUUCUGUAGAAGAGACAAAUGCUUACCCGAAGGCUUAAUAGAUGUGGCGGAUUGUUACUACAGCUUCCCUAUCGCGCUUUCUUAUCCUCAUUUCUAUAAAGGAGAUGAUGUAUUAUUCAGCAAAGUGGAAGGUCUAAAUCCAAACCAGGAACAACAUGAAACUAGAUUUUGGAUUCAGCCCGAUUCCGGUCUACCCUUGGACGUUAGUACCAAGUUCCAGAUCAACAUGGCCCUGGACGACCUAUCGGCCAUUAAAAACUCCGAGAAAUUCUCCAAUAUGUACCUACCCUUACUGUGGUUUGAUAUUAGAAUGUACACACUAACGCCGUCACUGAUGCAGAGGUUCGGCCUUUAUCUGAACGUGCUUCCGGUAGUCGAGAAAUGCGCUAUGUACAUCUGUUUCGCGAUCGGCGCGAUUCUGAUCCUUAUGACCACCUACAUAGUGACGUUCAAGAUAAUGUUCAAGAGCUACGACGGAAACGGGCGCAAGUGCAACUUCAACUUCAAGAGCGCGCACUGGAUAGAGCAGGGGAAGCCGGGCCGGACAGGCCGGGGCACGGUUUACGCGCCUUGCGAAAUUCCCCUCACGGACUCCGACAGCACCGAUCCCUGCUUGCAGGACGCCUGCAGCACUCAGAGCAGGAUCAAAGAGCUCGGCAGCCUGCUCCCGGACAAAGUCCAGGGUUCGGUAGACAGCGUUAAAGCGUUGAGGGCUGACCGGACAAAAACGCCAAGCCGCAAGGACUCCCUGAUCGAGAGCGAUUCGGGCGAGAGCAGUGCGGGCGUGGCCAGCGAAAACGACGAUGCGUACAAAUCCGGCGACUGCCGGUAUCUGGAAGUGGUGGACGACGGAUUCGACGAGAGCAGCGCGAUGUUCCCGGCCGGUGAUGGGGCCUCGAGGACCCCGGAGCUCCACAUCCACAUCGGC